UAACACUUCCGGAAACAUUUUUCUCCAGGCUAGCGAGAGAUGCUAGCAUUGUUUUUAUGAGCAUCAGUCGGAUUAUUACCGGAUUAAACCGACGGAGGAGUGAAGAAACGAAGGUUUAAGACACCGAGGAGCUGCAGUGACCGGCGGCACGGUGUGUGUGUGUUGUGUGCGCUCGCGGUCUCUCAUUAUAAACACACACAACCACAGCACUGAACACAGACUGAGCUGAAGCCGCUGUGUGGUCAUCACCACUGUAUGAUGAAGAGCUGACGGUGACCGCGAACAGCAGCGUCCCCCGGUACCGGUAAACCCUCCGUCAUGUCGGUGUUCAGCGAGUUCGUGUCGCCGCCCGAGUGCCCGGUGUUCGAGCCCAGCUGGCAGGACUUCAGCGACCCGUUCAGCUUCAUCCACAAGAUCCGGGAGAUCGCCGAGAACACCGGCAUCUGCAAGAUCAGACCGCCACAGGGUUGGCAGCCUCCAUUCGCCUGUGAUGUGCGCAGUUUCCGCUUCACUCCUCGAAUCCAGCGACUCAAUGAGUUGGAGGCCCUGACCAGAGUGAAGCUGAACUUCCUGGAUCAGUUGUCCAGGUUCUGGGAGCUGCAGGGCUGCCGGCUGCGCAUCCCUCAUGUGGAGAGACGAGUGCUGGACCUCUACCUGCUCAGCAAGCUGGUGUCUGCGGAGGGAGGGUUCGAGCUGGUCUGUAAGGAGAAGCGCUGGCCCAAGAUCAGCAGCCGCAUGGGUUUCCCCUCCGGCAGAGCUGUGGGUUCACUACUGAGACAGCACCACGAGCGUAUCCUCUACCCGUAUGAGCUCUUCCAGUCCGGAGCAUCACUGACCGGUGUGUACCCUGACUCCGCUGACUCUGACUCUGUGGAUGAGGGCAUUGGAGCAGCAGAUGAGGAGGCUGUGGAUGAGGAAGAGGAGAAGGAGAGGAGGUCGGAGCGCCGGUCCCCACGCCACCGCCUGAAGGAUGAGAGAGAAAACACAGAGCCCAGAGGAGUGCCGGUGCUGGACGUCAUCUCUGCAGAUGACGAGGCGUUCCUCCGUAAGCAGAAGCACCUGAAGGCUCAGGCGUUUGCUCUGAAGAUGCGUCCGCGUAAAGAAGUGCUGGAGGUCAAUUACAUCGACCUGUACAUGUGUAUGGCAUGUGGGCGGGGCGAUGAGGAGGACCGCCUCCUGCUGUGUGACGGCUGUGAUGACAGCUGCCACACCUUCUGCCUGAUCCCGCCGCUGCAGGACAUCCCCCGCGGAGACUGGCGCUGCCCCAAGUGUGUGGCUGAGGAGUGCAGUAAGCCCCGUGAGGCGUUCGGGUUCCAGCAGGCGGUGCGCGAGUACACACUCCAGAGCUUCGGGGAGAUGGCGGACCACUUCAAGUCUGACUACUUCAACAUGCCGGUCCAUAUGGUGCCGACGGAGCUGGUGGAGAAAGAGUUCUGGCGUCUGGUCAGCAGUAUUGACGAGGAUGUUAUCGUGGAGUACGGCGCUGACAUCAGCUCUAAAGAUGUGGGCAGUGGGUUCCCCGUGCGGGACGGCAGGAGGAAGCUGAUCGGGGAUGAGGAGGAGUACGCAGCGUCAGGCUGGAACCUGAACAACCUGCCGGUGCUGGAGCAGUGUGUGCUGACACACACCAGCGGGGACAUCAGUGGGAUGAAGGUGCCCUGGCUGUAUGUGGGCAUGUGCUUCUCCUCCUUCUGCUGGCACAUCGAGGACCACUGGAGCUCCUCCAUCAACUACCUGCACUGGGGUGAACCCAAGACCUGGUACGGCGUCCCGGCCCGCGCUGCUGAGCAGCUGGAGUGUGUGAUGAAGAAGGUGGCCCCGGAGCUGUUUGACUCCCAGCCGGACCUCCUGCACCAGCUGGUCACACUCAUGAACCCCAACGUGCUGAUGGAGCACGGCGUCCCGGUGUACCGGACCAAUCAGUGCGCAGGGGAGUUCGUCAUCACCUUCCCCAGAGCCUAUCACAGUGGCUUCAACCAAGGCUACAACUUCGCUGAGGCCGUCAACUUCUGCACCGCCGACUGGCUUCCCAUCGGUAGGCAGUGUGUGUCGCACUACCGGCGUCUGCAGCGCUACUGUGUGUUCUCGCAUGAGGAGCUGGUCUGUAAGAUGGCGGCAGACCCUGAGGGUCUGGAUGUGGAGCUGGCGGCAGCUGCGGUGCGGGAGCUGGAGGAGCUGCUGGAGGAGGAGACGCGGCUGAGGAGCGCCCUGGAGGAGACGCAGGGGGUGCUCUCCUCAGUGCAGGAGGUGUUCGAGCUGCUGCCGGAUGACGAGCGUCAGUGCUGGAGCUGUAAGACCACCUGCUUCCUGUCGGCGGUGACCUGCAGCUGCAGCCCAGAGCGGCUGGUGUGUCUGCGUCAUGUGGGGGAGCUCUGCAGCUGCCCACCCACCAGCAAGUGCCUGCGCUUCAGGUACGCUCAGGAGGAGUUUCCCGCCAUGCUGUACGGGGUGAAGACUCGUGCUCAGUCCUAUGACACCUGGUCCCGCAGGGUGACGGAGGCGCUAGCGGCGGACAGCAGGAACAAGAGAGAUGUGAUCGAGCUGAAGGUGCUUCUGGAGGACGCAGAGGACCGCAGGUACCCGGAGAACAGCCUCCUGCGCAGCCUCAGGGACACACUGAAGGAGGCCGAGACCUGCUCCUCUGUAGCACAGCUGCUGCUCACACACACACACCGACACAGAAGGGAGCGUGCGGAGAGCGGCACACAGAAGGCUCGCAGUAAGCUGACGGUGGAGGAGCUGAAGGUGUUCGUGGAGCAGCUCUAUAGACUGCCCUGCGUCAUCAGCCAGGCUCGACAGGUCAAGGAUCUGCUGGAGAGUGUGCUGUUGUUCCACGAGCGUGCGCAGGCUGCUCUGGCGGACCUGACGCCGGACUCCGGGAAGCUGCAGGCGCUGCUGGACCUGGGCUCGGGGCUGGACGUGGAGCUGCCGGAGCUGCCUCGGCUGCAGCAGGAGCUGACCCAGGCUCGCUGGCUGGAUGAGGUGCGUGUGACGCUGGCGGAGCCGCAGAGGGUUACGCUGGAGCUGAUGAAGCGCCUCAUCGACUCGGGUGUAGGUCUGGCGCCGCACCCUGCCGUAGAGAAGGCCAUGGCGGAGCUGCAGGAGCUGCUGACAGUGUCCGAGCACUGGGAGGAGCGCGCCAGAGCCUGUCUGCAGGCCCGGCCGAGACACAACCUGCUGACGCUGGAGAGCAUCGUCUCCGAGGCCAAGAACAUCCCGGCACACCUGCCCAAUGUGCUGACGCUCAGAGACGCCCUGCACCGCGCCAAAGAGUGGAGCGCCAGGGUAGAGGCCAUACAGAACGGCAGUAACUACGCCUACCUGGAGCAGCUGGAGGGUCUGCUGGCGAGGGGCCGCUCUAUUCCGGUGCGGCUGGAGGCUCUGCCCCAGGUGGAGUCUCAGGUGGGCUCAGCCAGAGCCUGGAGAGAGAGGACCGCCCGCACCUUCCUGAAGAAGAACUCCACAUACACACUGCUGCAGGUGCUGAGUCCCCGUGUGGACGUGGGUGUGUACGGCAGCAGUAAGAGCAAGCGUCGGCGUGUGAAGGAGCUGCUGGAGAAGGAGCGAGGGCUGGAUCUGGAGGCGGUGUGUGAGCUGCAGGAGUGUGUGGAGGACGCGCGGGACCCUGCCGCCGUGGUGGCCGCCUUCAAGGCUCGCGAGCAGCAGGAGGUGCAGGCCGUGCACUCGCUGCGGUCCGCCAACCUGGCCAAGAUGGCGCUGGUGGAGCGGGUGGAGGAGGUGAAGUUCUGCCUGUGCCGCCGCUCCGCUUCCGGCUUCAUGCUGCAGUGUGAGCUCUGCAAGGACUGGUUCCACGGCGCCUGCGUGCCUCUGCCAAAAGCCGGAUCCCAGAAGAAGCUGGCGUCCGGCUGGCAGAGCGGCAGCAAGGAGAGCAAGUUCCUGUGCCCGCUGUGUCAGCGCUCGCGCCGCCCGCGGCUGGAGACCAUCCUGUCCUUGCUGGUGUCCCUGCAGAAGCUGCCGGUGCGGCUGCCGGAGGGGGAGGCGCUGCAGUGCCUGACGGAGCGGGCCAUGGGCUGGCAGGACCGCGCCCGACAAGCCCUGGCCACAGAGGAGCUCUCCUCCGCCCUCGCCAAGCUCUCGGUGCUCAGCCAACGCAUGGUGGAGCUAGCGGCCCGCGAGAAGACCGAGAAGAUCAUCAACGCCGAGCUGCAGAAGGCCGCCGCUAACCCCGACCUGCAGGGCCACAUCCAGACGUUCCAGCAGUCGGGCUUCAGCAGAGCGGCGUCUCCUCGGCCCUCGCUGGACUAUGAUGACGAGGAGACGGACUCAGACGAGGACAUCCGAGAGACGUACGGCUACGACAGCAAGGACACAGGCGAGGUGAAGCCGUACCUGUUCUGUGAUGAGGAGAUCCCAGUGAAGUCUGAGGAGGUGGUCAGUCACAUGUGGCCCACCACACCCUCCUUCUGUGCGGAGCACGCCUACUCCUCCGCCUCCAAGAGCUGCCCGCAGACGACGUCAGGCCAGAGGAAGCAGCCCCGUAAGUCGCCGCUGGUGCCGCGCAGCCUGGAGCCGCCGGUGCUGGAGCUGUCCGCCUCCGCUAAAGCCCAGCUGGAGGAGCUGAUGAUGGAGGGAGACCUGCUGGAGGUGUCUCUGGACGAGACGCAGCACAUCUGGAGGAUCCUGCAGGCCACGCAGCCGCCGUCAGAGGACCGCUUCCUGCAGGGGGUGGAGGCGGAGGACGCCCCGCUGGAGCGCGCGCUGAAGCUGAAGGUGAAGGAUCUGGAGAAGAAGAGGAAGAGGAAGCUGGAGCGGGCGGAACUGCUGCUGUCGGGGGCCGCGGGGGGCCGGAGCCGCGACCUGAAGAGGGCGCUGGAGCUCAAGCCCAAGAAGAAGAAGCUGAAGAUGGGCCCCGAGAAGAGCCGCGAGCUCAAGCAGCUGGCCAAGCGCAUCGCCAAGGAGGAGAAGGAGCGCAAGCGCAAGGAGAAAGACAAGGAGAAGGCCAAGGCGGAGCUGCCCCCCGGCCCCGGCCCCGACAGGAGCCGCCGCAAGGCCCUCGACAUACCCUCCAAAUAUGAGUGGUCCGGGGCCGAGGACUCCAACGAUGAGAACGCCGUCUGUGCGGCCCGCGACUGCCAGAGGCCCUGCAGGGACAAGGUGGACUGGGUGCAGUGUGACGGCGGCUGUGACGAGUGGUUCCACCAGGUGUGUGUGGGUGUGACCUGUGAGAUGGCGGAGACCGAGGACUACAUCUGCUCCAGCUGCUCACACACACACACACACACCCCUGCGGCGGCGGCCGUAGAGACUGUGCUGAUCAGCUCCAGUGUACCGUACAGCAGCGCACAGGACAACAGCUAACCACACACACACACACACACACACACACACACACACACACACACACACACUCUUGUAUAUAUGGUUUAUGAGGACUCUCUGUAGGUGUGAUGUUUUAUACUGUAAAGCUCCUCCCCCUGAGCCCCGCCCUCAGCACACCUGUGGAUGAUUGACAGAUGCCCCAUUAAAUAUGAUGUGAGCUGAAGGUUUUGCAUUAUGAGGACGUCUGUGUGUGUCCUCGUAAUCCGAAACACUCAGACAGCAGACAUUAGUGUUUUUAUUUCAGUCAACAACACAAUAAUGGAGAAAUGUUAGGCCACACACACACACACACACUCCUGAAUGCUAUUUAUUACACUGCUGAUGAACUGUAGGGGGUUAUUAUGGGAUGGCGGGGGGUCUGGUGUGCUGAUCCAGCUCUGGAUUGGCUGGUCCUCCUCUUCAUCUGCUCUUCUCUCGCUCUCCUCAUCAUCUGCUGUUCUCCGUCUGAUAUUAAAUGUUCUCCAGGA